CCGUGUUUCCCUAAAAUGAUUCUGAAUAAGUGCAUCAAUGAAACAACUGCUUGCUCUUCUCCCUGCCGUCUUCCUUGUUCUGCUGUAAUUGCUUACCCUAGAAACUCGUUUUCACCAUGGCUGACAACAGGGAGAAAGCUAGGCCGAUCAAGGGUGCUUCGUUGUUUCACAAUCAUUUCAAAGCCCAGCUUCAUAGAAGCAAACCAACGUCGAUCAGCUAAUUACCACCCUAGCAUUUGGGACCCGAAACUUAUUGAAUCCUUGACCACUCCAUAUUCGUAUGAGUUUCAUGGUACUAAAUUAGAGAACUUGAAGAAAGAGGCUAGAAAUUUGUUGGCAUUUGUCCAAGACCCUUCUGCAACAUUGAAUCUAAUCGACUUGAUGCAGCGGUUAGGCGUAGCCUACCAUUUCGGCAAAGAGAUUGGUGAGGCUCUAAAUAAUGUCCGAAGAAAAACUGUUACCGAGGAUCUUUAUACAACUUCAUUACUGUUCCGGAUUCUACGUGAACAUGGUUAUCCGAUUAGCACAGAUCUGUUUAACAGAUUCAGAGGUAGAGAUGGGAAAUUUAUGGACAGUUUAGGAGGAGAUGUGGCGGGGCUUUUGAGUUUAUAUGAAGCUUCAUACCUCGGAAUGCAUGGAGAAGAUGUUAUGGAAGAGGCCAAGAAAUUCAGUGCAGAGCAUCUCAAAUCUUCAUUGGGGAAUUUAGAUUGUGAUUUGGGUAUCCAAGUGCAACAGUCCCUACAAGUUCCUUUACAUUGGAAGAUGCCUAGAAUUGAGGCAAUGACUUUUAUAGAUGUCUACCAAAAGCAGGACACAAAGAAUUCAACUUUAAUUGAGCUUGCCAUGUUAGAUUACAAUCUAGUGCAAUCAGUUUAUCAACAGGAACUCAAAGAGUUGGCAACGUGGUGGAGAGACUUGGGAUUUAAAGAGAAGAUGAGUUUUUCACGGGAUCGAUUGAUGGAAAAUUACAUAUGGGCAAUGGGGAUCAUCUUCGAGCCUCAAUUCUCCAAAUGCAGGAUGUACCUCACCAAAUUCGUAUGCAUUUUAACCGCAAUUGAUGAUAUGUAUGAUGUAUAUGGACUGCCGGAUGAACUUGAACUCUUCACCAGAGCAGUGAAUCAAUGGGAUAUUAGGGCCAUGAAGGACCUUCCAGAAUAUAUGAGGGCAUGCUAUUUAGCCUUGUUCAACUUUGUUAACGAUUUGGGACAUGGAAUCCUGAAAGAUCAUGGAUUCAAUAUCGCCCGCUACAUUAAGGAAGAGUGGAAGAAGCUUUGUCAGUCAUAUUUAACCGAAGCAAAAUGGUUUGACAACGGGUACACACCAGCUCUGAAGGAGUAUUUAGAAAACGCCUGGAUUUCGGUGGGUGGUCCUGCAGCCAUAGUUCAUGCUUAUAUUUUACAACCAGGCUCAAUGCCAGAAAAAUCUCUGGAUCAUUGCUUCAAGCAUGGUCGUGAGCUAAUAUAUUGGUCGUCCCUAAUUACCCGGCUUAGCGAUGAUUUGGGUACUUCCGAGGCCGAGGGUGCUAGAGGAGACGUUGCGAAAUCGACAGAGUGCUACAUGAUUGAAGGAGGAAUGUCCAAAGAAGAAGCAAGACAGCACAUUAAGGGUUUGAUAGCUCAUUCAUGGGAAAUGUUGAAUGAGGAAAGCUACAAAAAUUCCCUACCAAGAUCCAUGAUAAAGAUGUGCUUAAACAUGGCGCGUACUGCUCAGUGCAUCUUCCAGCAUGGAGAUGGUAUUGGGACGUCAAGCGGAGCAACAAAGGAUCUUUUAAUCUCACUCAUUGUCGAACCUAUCACAACUGAUUAGUUCAUUUUUAUUUCAUUUUUUUUUUGUUUUUAGACGUAACGGUAAAAUUAGCCAUUUGAAUUCUGCAAACAGAACCGUUCGAGCCUUUACUCUUUUAUUUGAGUCAAUCAAAUCCUUUAAUU